GUGAAGCAGAGUGGGGAACCCCUUCCCCCCCAGUCGCCACCAUGGUCGCCCUGUCGCUCAAGAUUAGCAUCGGCAACGUGGUGAAGACCAUGCAGUUUGAGCCCUCCACCAUGGUGUACGACGCCUGCCGGAUCAUCCGUGAGCGAGUGCCAGAGGCACAGAUGGGCCAGCCCAACGACUUUGGCCUCUUUCUGUCGGACGAGGACCCAAAGAAAGGGAUCUGGCUGGAAGCCGGGAAGGCCUUGGACUACUACAUGCUUCGCAAUGGAGACACGAUGGAGUACAAGAAAAAGCAGCGGCCCCUGAAGAUCCGUAUGCUGGACGGCACUGUCAAGACGGUCAUGGUGGACGACUCCAAAACCGUCACGGACAUGCUGAUGACCAUUUGCGCCAGGAUCGGUGGGUGCCUGGGAGCCCCAGGGCCCACAGAGGCUGGGAGAGGGGGACAGGGCUGCCCUCCUUCCCCGCAGCGUCUCUCCAACACCUUGGAAGCCAAGGCAGACCCUCUGCCCUUAGGGACAAAGGGGUUAGGGCACCCUCGCAGCUCCCAUCAUCUCCCUCCCACAGUGAACUGGCUGGACCACGGGCGCACCCUGCGGGAGCAGGGCAUCGACGACAAUGAAACCCUUCUCCUCCGGCGCAAGUUCUUCUACUCAGACCAGAACGUCGAUUCGCGGGACCCAGUGCAACUCAACCUCCUCUACGUCCAGGCCCGCGAUGACAUCCUGAACGGCUCGCACCCCGUCUCCUUCGACAAGGCCUGUGAGUUUGCUGGCUACCAGUGCCAGGUCCAGUUUGGGGCCCACAAUGAGCAGAAGCACAAGCCGGGCUUCUUGGACCUGAAGGACUUUCUGCCCAAGGAAUAUAUCAAGCAGAAGGGGGAACGCAAGAUUUUCAUGGCUCACAAGAACUGCAACAACAUGAGCGAGAUUGAGGCCAAGGUCCGCUACGUGAAGCUGGCCCGAUCUCUCAAAACCUACGGCGUCUCUUUCUUCCUGGUCAAGGUGAGAUGCGAGGGGUGUGAUUUUGGGGACUACCAAGACGGCUACUACUCUGUGCAGACCACAGAAGGGGAGCAGAUUGCCCAGCUCAUUGCCGGCUACAUCGAUAUCAUCCUGAAGAAGGUGAGGUCCGUGGGGAUGGGGGAGGCAUUGGGGGGGGAGCAGCCCCUGACUGGCCUGGGUCAAGCGGUUCAACCUCGCAGGUCCACGGUCCUGCAGCAGCAGUUCAACCAGGUGAACAAAGCGGAGCACGGAUCAGUGGCCCUCCCGGCCAUUAUCCGCCCGGGGGCCGGGGGCCCAGAGAACUUCCAGAUGGGCACGAUGCCGCAGGCCCAGCAGCAGAUCACCAGCGGCCAGAUGCACCGUGGGCACAUGCCCCCCCUGACCUCAGCCCAGCAGGCCCUGACGGGGACCAUCAACUCCAGCAUGCAGGCGGUCCACGCGGCCCAGUCUAACCUGGACGACUUUGAGACGCUCCCUCCGCUGGGACAGGACGCCGCCUCCAAGGCCUGGCGCAAGAACAAGAUGGACGAGUCCAAGCACGAGAUCCACUCCCAAGUGGAUGCCAUCACGGCCGGCACGGCCUCCGUGGUGAACCUGACCGCCGGGGACCCUGCGGAGACGGACUACACGGCCGUGGGCUGCGCCGUCACCACCAUCUCCUCCAACCUGACGGAGAUGUCCAAAGGGGUGAAGCUGCUGGCGGCCCUCAUGGAGGACGAGGGCGGCAACGGGCGGCAGCUGCUCCAAGCCGCCAAGAACUUGGCCGGGGCCGUUUCGGAGCUCCUGAAGACGGCCCAGCCCUCCAGUGCGGAGCCCCGGCAGAAUCUCCUGCAAGCCGCCGGUGCCGUGGGGCAGACCAGUGGGGAGUUGCUGCAGCAGAUUGGGGAGAGCGACACUGACCCCCAUUUCCAGGACAUGCUGAUGCAGCUGGCCAAAGCGGUGGCCAGCGCAGCGGCCGCCUUGGUCUUGAAGGCCAAGAACGUGGCCCAGAAGACAGAGGACACCACGCUGCAGACCCAGGUGAUCGCGGCGGCCACGCAGUGUGCCUUGUCCACUUCACAGCUGGUGGCGUGCACCAAGGUGGUGGCUCCCACCAUCAGCUCCCCCGUGUGCCAGGAGCAGCUGGUGGAGGCCGGGAAGCUGGUGGCCAAAUCUGUGGAGGGCUGCGUGGAGGCCUCUCAGGCGGCCACUGCGGACGAGCAGCUGCUGAAGCACGUAGGGGUGGCCGCCACGGCGGUGACCCAGGCCCUCAACGACCUGCUGGAGCACAUCAAGCGGCAUGCCACUGGGGGGCAGCCCAUCGGCCGCUACGACCAGGCCACCGACACCAUUCUCAACGUGACGGAGAACAUUUUCAGCUCCAUGGGGGAUGCAGGCGAGAUGGUGCGCCAGGCCCGAAUCUUGGCUCAGGCGACCUCUGACUUGGUGAACGCCAUCAAGGCUGACGCAGAAGGAGAGACUGAUCUGAGCAGGGCACACCAGGGAGAGGGGGAGGGGCAGAAGGCAGGCCCUGAUCCUCCACACCUGCUCCCCGUCCACCAGGGAGCUGCAGCGCACCCGGACAGCGAGGAGCAGCAGCAGCGUCUGCGGGAGGCGGCCGAAGGGCUCCGGAUGGCCACCAACGCAGCCGCCCAGAAUGCCAUCAAGAAGAAGCUGGUCCACAGGCUGGAGCAUGCUGCCAAGCUGGCCGCCGCCGCCGCCACGCAAGCCAUCGCGGCUGCCCAGCACGCCACCGCGGCCAGCAAGAACCCGUCUGCCCACCAGCAACUGGUGCAGAGCUGCAAGGUGGUGGCCGAGCAGAUCCCGAUGCUGGUGCAAGGCGUGCGAGGGAGCCAGUCCCAGCCAGACAGCCCCAGCGCCCAGCUCUCCCUCAUUGCGGCCAGCCAGAACUUCCUGCAGCCUGGUGGGAAGAUGGUGGCAGCUGCCAAGGCCACCGUGCCCACCAUCGUGGACCAGGCCUCGGCCAUGCAGCUCAGCCAGUGUGCCAAGAACCUGGCCGGGGCGCUGGCAGAGCUCCGCACCGCAGCCCAGAAGGCUCAAGAGGCCUGUGGGCCCCUGGAGAUUGAUUCUGCCCUCAGCCUAGUGCAGAGCCUGGAGAGAGACCUGCAGGAAGCCAAGGCAGCCGCCCGGGAACGAAAGCUGAAGCCUCUUCCUGGGGAGACGAUGGAGAAAUGCGCCCAUGAUCUGGGAAACAGCACCAAAGCCGUCAGCUCAGCCAUCGCUCAGCUCCUGGGAGAGAUCGCGCAGGGCAACGAGAACUACACAGGGAUUGCCGCUCGGGACGUGGCGCACGCCCUCCGUUCCCUCAGCCAGGCAGCCCGGGGCGUGGCCGCCAACUCGGACGAUCCCCAGGUGCAGGCCGCCAUGCUGGAGUGCGCGGGCGACGUGAUGGACAAGGCCGGCAACCUCAUCGAGGAGGCCCGCAAGGCCGUCGCCAAGCCCGGCGAUCCCGAGAGCCAGCAGCGCCUGGCCCAGGUGGCCAAGGCCGUCUCUCAAGCCCUGAACCGCUGCGUGAGCUGCCUCCCUGGGCAACGGGACGUGGACGCCGCCAUCCGCACCGUGGGCGAGUUCCCAUCAAGCGGCAAGAACUUCCAGGAGGUGCAGGGUCACCUGAACCAGGCCGCCGCCGGCCUCAACCAGUCGGCCAGUGAGAUGGUGCAGGCCUCGCGGGGCACCCCGCAGGAUCUGGCCCGGGCCUCGGGCAAGUUUGGCCAGGACUUCAACGAGUUCCUGCAGGCCGGAGUGGAGAUGGCCGGCCCCACCCAGUCCAAGGAGGCCCAGGCCCAGGUAGUGUCGAACCUGAAGAGCAUCUCCAUGUCGUCCAGCAAGCUGCUCCUGGCGGCCAAGGCCCUCUCGGCCGACUCCGCGGCUCCCAACCUCAAGAACCAGCUGGCGGCCGCCGCCCGAGCCGUGACCGACAGCAUCAACCAGCUGAUCACCACGUGCACCCAGCAGGCCCCCGGGCAGAAGGAGUGCGACAACGCCUUGCGAGAGCUGGAGACGGUGCGAGAGCUGCUGGAGAAUCCCACCCAGGCCGUGAACGACAUGUCCUACUUCAGCUGCCUGGACAGCGUCAUGGAGAACUCCAAGGUUGGCAUUUCGCAGAACGCCAAGAACAGCCGGCUGCCUGAGUUUGGCGAGUCCAUCGGCACUGCCUCCAAAGCCCUCUGCGGCUUCACAGAAGCUGCCGCCCAGGCAGCCUACUUGGUCGGGGUCUCUGACCCAAACAGCCAAGCGGGGCAGCACGGCCUGGUGGACCCCACCCAGUUUGCCAGGGCCAACCAAGCCAUCCAGAUGGCCUGCCAGAACCUGAUCGACCCAGCCUGCACCCAGGCCCAGGUCCUCUCGGCCGCCACCAUUGUGGCCAAGCACACCUCCGCCCUCUGCAACACCUGCCGCCUGGCCUCCUCCCGCACCGCCAACCCCGUCGCCAAGCGCCAGUUUGUCCAGUCGGCCAAGGAGGUGGCCAACAACACCGCCAACCUCGUCAAGACCAUCAAGGCCCUGGACGGGGCCUUCACCCCAGAGAACCGUGAGCGCUGCCGCGAAGCCACCACGCCCCUGAUCGAGGCCGUGGACAACCUGGCGGCCUUUGCCUCCAACCCCGAGUUUGCCACCAUCCCGGCGCAGAUCAGCCCGGAGGGCCGCAGAGCAAUGGAGCCCAUCCUCUCCUCAGCCAAGACCAUGCUGGAGAGCUCUGCCGGCCUCAUCCAGACCGCCCGUUCGCUGGCCGUCAACCCAAAGGACCCGCCCAAGUGGUCCGUGCUGGCGGGACAUUCACGCACCGUCUCCGACUCCAUCAAGAAGCUCAUCACCAACAUGAGGGACAAGGCUCCCGGCCAGCGGGAAUGUGACGAGGCCAUUGAGGUGCUGAGCAAGUGCAUCCGGGACGUGGACCAAGCCUCGCUCGCCGCCAUCAGCCAGCAGCUGGCUCCCCGGGAGGGCAUCUCCCAGGAGGCCUUACACAACCAGAUGCUGACGGCAGUCCAGGAGAUCAGUCACCUCAUUGAGCCUGUGGCUGGUGCCGCGCGUGCCGAGGCUUCCCAGCUGGGCCACAAGGUCUCCCAGCUGGCCCAGUACUUUGAGCCCCUGGUGCUGGCCUCCGUGGGCGCUGCCUCCAAGAUGCUGAACCACCAGCAACAGAUGAACCUGCUGGACCAGACCAAGACGCUGGCCGAGUCCGCCCUCCAGAUGCUCUACACGGCCAAGGAGGCCGGCGGGAACCCCAAGCAAGCGCCGCACACGCAGGAAGCCCUGGACGAGGCCGUACAGAUGAUGAAGGAGGCAGUCGAGGACCUCACGGCCACCUUGAACGAGGCGGCGAGUGCCGCGGGCGUCGUGGGCGGAAUGGUGGACUCCAUCACGCAAGCCAUCAACCAGCUGGACGAGGGCCCCAUGGGAGAGCCGGACGGCUCCUUCGUCGAUUACCAGACCACCAUGGUGAAGACGGCCAAGGCCAUCGCGGUCACUGUCCAGGAGAUGGUCACCAAAUCCACCACCAACCCAGAUGAGCUGGGCACGUUGGCCAACCAGCUGACCAGCGACUACGAGCAGCUGGCCCUGCAGGCCAAGCCGGCCGCCAUGACGGCAGAGAACGAGGAGUUGUCUUCCCCCCUCCAGGUGUCUCAUGUCCUUGCAGCCCUGCAGGCAGGCAACCGGGGCACCCAGGCCUGCAUCACAGCAGCCAGUGCCGUCUCCGGCAUCAUUGCCGACCUGGACACCACCAUCAUGUUUGCCACGGCUGGGACCCUCAACCGAGAGAAUGCCGAGACCUUUGCUGACCACAGGGAGGGGAUCCUGAAGACGGCCAAAGCCCUCGUGGAGGACACCAAGGUGCUGGUGCAGAACGCCACCGCCAGCCAGGAGAAGCUGGCCCAGGCGGCGCAGUCCUCGGUCGCCACCAUCACCCGCCUGGCGGACGUGGUGAAGCUGGGGGCGGCCAGCUUGGGCUCCGAGGACCCCGAGACUCAGGUGGUUCUCAUCAACGCGGUGAAGGACGUGGCCAAAGCCCUCGGUGAUCUGAUCAGCGCCACGAAGGCCGCCGCGGGCAAGUCUUCCGACGACCCGACUGUCUACCAGCUGAAGAAUUCUGCGAAGGUGAUGGUCACCAAUGUCACGUCGCUGCUGAAGACGGUCAAGGCCGUGGAGGACGAAGCCACCAAAGGGACUCGCGCCCUGGAGGCCACGAUUGAGCACAUCCGCCAGGAGCUUGCCGUGUUCUGCUCCCAGGUUCCUCCGGCCAAGACCUCCACCCCAGAGGACUUCAUCCGCAUGACCAAGGGCAUCACCAUGGCCACGGCCAAGGCGGUGGCCGCCGGCAACUCCUGCCGCCAGGAAGAUGUGAUCGCCACGGCCAACUUGAGCCGCCGUGCCAUCGCUGACAUGCUGCGCGCUUGCAAGGAGGCCGCCUACCACCCGGAAGUGAGCGGGGAGGUCCGGCAUCGGGCUCUGCGCUUCGGCCAGGAGUGUGCCAGCGGCUACCUGGAUCUCCUGGAGCACGUGCUGGUGGUCCUCCAGAAGCCAAGCCACGAACUGAAGCAGCAGCUGGCGGCGUAUUCGAAGCGGGUGGCUGGCUCCGUGACGGAGCUCAUCCAGGCAGCUGAAGCCAUGAAAGGAACCGAGUGGGUGGAUCCCGAGGACCCCACAGUCAUCGCUGAGAACGAGCUGCUGGGAGCAGCCGCAGCCAUAGAGGCCGCCGCCAAGAAACUGGAGCAGCUCCAGCCCCGGGCCAAGCCCAAGCAGGCGGACGAGAGCCUCAACUUUGAGGAGCAGAUUCUGGAGGCGGCCAAGUCCAUCGCCGCGGCCACCAGCGCCCUGGUCAAAGCAGCCUCGGCGGCCCAGAGGGAGCUGGUGGCGCAAGGGAAGGUGGGGGCCAUCCCGGCGAACGCGCUGGAUGACGGGCAGUGGUCCCAGGGCCUCAUUUCAGCCGCUCGGAUGGUGGCGGCCGCCACCAACAACCUGUGUGAGGCGGCCAACGCCGCGGUCCAAGGCCACGCCAGCGAGGAGAAGCUCAUCUCCUCCGCCAAGCAGGUGGCCGCCUCCACGGCCCAGCUUCUGGUGGCCUGCAAGGUCAAAGCAGAUCAGGACUCGGAGGCCAUGAAGCGCUUGCAGGUGAGCGUCUUGAGGGGGUUGGGGGGCGAGAGCUCUGGUAUCCUCUGGGGAGGCGCCCUUGAGGCCUCAACUCUCUCUCUUAACCCCCCACCACCACCACACAUCAUUGCUGCCCAGGAGGAGAUGCUGCGCAAGGAGCGGGAGCUGGAGGAGGCACGCAAGAAGCUGGCCAUGAUCCGGCAGCAGCAGUACAAGUUCCUGCCAUCGGAGUUGCGGGACGAGGGGCAGAACUGAGCGAUCUCCGCCACCGCUGCCUGCUGCUUCCCUAUUUAAGGCCCCGACCCUUCCCUCCCCACGAGCAACAGCAGGCUGGGCCCCCGCUUCUCGCUCACCCACGAGUCCUGCUCACCGAAUGGGGCCACUGCCACGUGCCACACACGCUGGACUGCCUUUCUGGGUUGGGAGCCGCCCUGCAAGGGCUUCGCGCCCCCCCCCGCCUUUUCUUCCAGGAAUCCUGUGCCUUGGUGGCUCUCUCAGCCUGCUUCUGCCUUGGGGGGGGAGGGAGGAUGCUGGUGAGCUACGCUUCUUCCCGAGGGGGCAGAUCGUGCCCCCUGCCCUGACUAUGCAACAAUGGGGGGGGCUCUGCUGCCCCUCCCACCUGCCCAUUUUGCCUUAAAUUGGAUUGAGCCCUCCCCUCUGCCUUGCCUCAGAAUAAUUUGGCAGAAGGGGGAGAGCCUGUCCACACCCCUUGGCAGAGGGGGGGCAUGGAAGCCGCUCUCUCCCGGCCCCCUCCCCUCCCUCCUCUCCCUGCUGCUGCUGCUGCUGCUGCUAUUCUUAAUGUCCUCGUGCCUCUCGGGUGGGCCCAGAACCACCCUUCCCCUGGCCUGGGUUCUGCCUCCCUCCUGCCCGCCCACCCGCCGGCUCCCACCCUCCCAGGGCCUCCCCCCGGCAGAGGCCGCCUUUCUGCCUUGCUCUGCCCUGCCCGGCCCUUCACUGCACAGCCCACCCACCCAACAGGCUUGGCGCCUUCUUUGACGGGGACUCUCCACCUGCCAAGGCUUCUCACCUUUUGUAAUUUUGAUACUUUCUCAGUCAAGCUGCCUGUGUAAAUUCUGGCAGGGAAUCAGGGAGGGAGAAGGAUCCGGUUGGACGAACGGAAGGAUGGGGAAGGUCAGCAAGAAAUCAGGGGCGUCCAAGGAUGCCUGGAGAGGGCCUUCCUGAAUAAACUGGUUUCCCUGCA